AUUUUUUUCGUCGUCUCCGUACUACACGCGCCACCAAAUUACGCACACACACCCCACACACACACACACACUAACACUUUCCCUAGAGAGUGUAAGGAAAGGAAUCGCGGGAGCACGUGGUUGCGUUCGAAGCCAGCAAUGGAGAUUGCUCAGGUCGGUGUGAGGACAAGGGCUCAAGCUGCGUUAGCCAUGGGAGCUACCACGUCACCUCCAACACCACCUAAGAGAAGGAAGAUAAACAAAGCCAGGAGCAGUAAUGAAGAGCGAAAAUUAUCAACGGCGUCGUCUUCAGCAAUCGUUAAGCUCGGGAGAAGGAGGAGAAGCGCUGCUUCCGUCGUUGAUGCGGUUCUGCCGGAGGCGGCGACGGAGGAAAGGUGCUCUAGCCCUAACUCCGGUGAAUUCCUGGUGUCUUGUUGUUGCAGCAAUGGAUCUGUUGGGGAUGACGAGGAGAGGAUCGAGUUGUCAGAUCUGGAGGUGGAGAGCGCGCAAGUUGAAACAUCUACGUGCAAUUGUGGAGACGAAACUGAAAGGAGAGAGAUGAACCAUGGAGGGCGAGACAAUUCACAAGAGCUGGAGUCAGUGGAAACCGAUUCUCGCCGUCGUCCUUCGUCAACGGUGCAAAACAUGCCAACGGAGUUGGAGCUCGAAGAAUUCUUCGCCGCAGCUGAGAAAGACAUCCAGAAAAGGUUUCAAGAAAAGUAUAACUAUGAUAUUGGGAAUGACGUGCCGUUGGAAGGACGAUACGAGUGGGUUGAAUUGAAGCCAUAGAAGAGGCCGGUAAAUGCAUCACAGCAUUUUUAGCUUAUUGCUCGCGCCAUUUCCAACACGCUAUCAAUUAAGCCAACCUCAUGAAGAAAGAAGACACACUAUUACUAUUACUACUGGUGAAUAUGAUCCCGUCUCAACAUGCCACUUUGCUGACUCUAUUCUUACGUUUAGUUUAGGUAUUUUAAUUUCACAUCUUAUCUUCUUCUUCUUCUUUACGCUAGCCAACCAGGACUCUCUUGUUCUGGAGUACAGCUUUAAUUUAUAUAUGUUCGUCGUGCUUAAGAGUGAAAAAAGAAAAUUCCGAAAUUCAGCUUCGUUUGUUCUUUGUACUACGGGUUAUAUUUUAUAUUAAUGUGCAUAAAUUAUGUUAAUUCCCAGUUA